AUGAACGUUGAUAGAAGAAGAAAUUUGGGGCCUGCGAAUGUCAGGCCGCUGGUUUUCGCCGAAUCGAAGCCGCCCGCACAGCACACAAAUCCGAAAAUUUUCCUGGAGACGGGACUCAUACAAAACUGCAGCGGAUCGUCGUACCUGGAGAACGACAAGACCAUCAUAAUUACGUCUAUCUACGGGCCUCGUCCAAACUUCACGAGAUCGUUCAACGACCAGGCCAGCUUGAAGGUGAGCGUUGAGCUGUCGAAGUUCCUGCCAUUGGACAACCUGAAGGACAACAGAAAGAAUAUCACCCCAGAUAAGGAGAGGCUCAUUGCGUCGCUGGAAUCGUUUAUGCUCUCCAAUUUCCAAAGUUUGAUUCUUCUGCAAAAUUACCCGAAAUCCUCGAUCGAGAUCUUUGUGCAGGUGGUGGCGCUGAACCCUGCCCAUUCGCUGGUCUACACGCUCAAGAACAUCAUAAAUGGCGUGAGUGUUGCUCUGGUAGACUCUGGUCUUAACAUUCGGUCCGUGGCCUCGUGCGGGUACUCAGGCUCGACGGACCACGAGAUGGCAGUCAAUUUCAGCGGCCAGGACGAGAUCCUGGGCAUCUGGAGCGACUUCACGGCUUUCGACGAGUCGUUUGACUCGGCCAUCGACACAUGCGAAAAAGACUCUGUCCAGCUGCGAAAAGAAAUUAAUGGCUACCUGCUACAAAAAGCUACAGCCAAACAGUAG